GCCAAGUCCAGCGACGAGGGCGGCGAUUGCGAAAUCGGACCUCCAGAGUCGGCGUGGCCCUGGUGGGCCGACGACCUGGGCUCCGACGAUGAGCUCGGCGUCUUAGCGGGGCUCAGCGGGCGGGGCCUCGUUGAGGACGAGGUCGACGAGACGCUGGCUCAGAUGGGAAAGGGCCGCCAGGAGACCUGGACGGAGAACAGGGACUUGAAGAAUGCGGUCGAAAAGGUUCGCGGCUACUGGACGCGCAGGCGCCGACGCACACCGGCGCAGCUCAAGCUGUCGCGAAGAGCAGGCGGCGCAGCGUUCUCCUUCGACGGCAGCGGCUUCAUCCGCGCUGAGCAGGGCGAGAACCUCAACGGCAGCUCCUGGACUACAUUGCUCGGCGAGGAGGCCCUCAGGGUGCUCCGCGGGCAGUGCUUCGGGAAGAGCGAAGAGGACAGCAACGACCAGAAGAUCCUCGCCUUCCUCGCGCUCGAGGACGGCUGCGCGAUCGCGGACAGCGGGGCCUCCCAGGCGAUCAUGGGCAAGCGGUCCCUCGAUUGCUUCGCCGAGGGCCUGAAGCCCCGCCGCCGCGCUGGCGCGGCCAUGAUUCCGGUGGCGACGGGAGGCAAGUCUGGAGUGAUUGAGUUUGUCGUGGCCAAGGAUAGCCCCCCACCUCUGUUACCUGGUGAGUUCCUGAACUCUUUCGGCGCCAUGUUGGAUUAUCUGUGGGGGCAGUUCAUUAUGCAGAAGAUCGGGCCCACAGUGCCCAUGAGGAUGUCGGGCAGGGGUCACAGGGCGACCAGGCUGAAUGAGUGGCGGGCUCUUGAGAGCCAGUUCGAACCGCCAGAACACCUG